UUUAGUCAGUGACCAAGUGUGUGGUGAGCCAAAUCCGUUUCUUUCUGCCAUUAAACAUUAAUUUGAAAAUUCCGCUGACAAAGUCCAAAAAGGGGCAUUAGAACGAGGAUACCGGAGUAUUUCCUAUCUGCAUCCGGUGACAACAGCUGCAACAAAGAAGAAAUUGCUUUUUUCGGCUGGGCUCUUGCACUCUAGAUUAAAAACCCAUAAAAUAUAGCAGAAUAAAGAAGCAAGUAAAAGUAGAAGAGCAGACGGAUCGGCCGAUCAUCUAUAUACUAGAGGCUUUCAAUCACUGUGGAAUCGGACACAUUCCGUACUGCCUCUUAUAUAUGGCGACGAGCGGCUGCUGCGCAUUUGUGUUUGUCCUGAACCAGACUGACAUCAUCGGUGCCAGGGAGCAAAGUAGAGCUGCAAUACAGAGCUGACCAGCUUGAGGAGCUACCGAGGACACUCCAGCGGAACUAUCGUCUUAAAUACUGUGAAAAGUAUUCCCAAAAUGGCCUCCCACAGUCACUUGCGAGUCACCAUUUGGCUCUGUGUGGUUUUGACCAUUAUCCUGGAUCAGCAGUUCACCGCAGAGGCUCGCGUGCGAGAUCUGUGCCAGACUGAGCCGAUCACUAAUGGAAUCUGUGGACCCACUACCGUGGGAAUCUACUACGAUCGUGAGUCGCAACGUUGCCAGUACAAGGGCUGCAGCAACCGGAGGCUCUUUGAAAGCCUCGAAGAUUGCGAGAAGAUUUGCAACAACCCGCGGCACGUGAAGCGCCGCAACCAAGCAAAGGCCAAUGAAACCUCACAUUGAAACGCUAACAUAAGAAAUAUCUGUUCUUGAUUUUUAAAGUGCGAAAUAUUCAGACUGAGUUUAAAGUGAACCAAGCUCACAAUAUGAUUGCCGAACUGGAGUGUUUUGUACCUUGAGGAUAAGCUUUCCGUUUGUGAAACAGCAAGCAUUUGUUCUCGCUGUUUAUGUUUAUAAAUAUUUGUAUAUCUCACACUUGAUAACUCCUCAUUUGUUUAACAUUAACGAAAUUUCCAAGUUUAUAAUAGUUUUUUUUAGGUUGUAGAUUUACUUUAAUUAAAUGUUAAACUUGUAAUUACACUUUUCCUCACUGUUAGAAUCAAUAAGGUUCUAAGGUUCUAUUCUAAGAUACUAUUCAAUAAUACGAAAUUGAAUGUAUAGAAUGUAAUACAACCUUCAGUUUGAAGAUAUAUUUUUA